AUGUCCUUAGACAUGCAGUUCCCCUCUUCAGAAGAAGAAGAAGAGGAGGAGGAGGAGGAGGAGGAGAACGAGAGGAAGGAAGAAGGGAAUAAUGGGAUAUCGGAGAAGGAGGAAGAGAGGUCGUCGAGAGGAGGCAGGAAGGAGAAGAGGAGGAAGAACAACAAGCUGGAAAGGCUGCAGAAAGACAAGUUGUUCCAACCGCGAGUGGUGUUGGAACAGCUACACUUUUCUCGAUUGCCCGAGGCCGUCCAUCGGAAUGUCCUUCGGUGGGGCAGAGCGAGGAGGACGACGAGCGACGACGACGACGACGACGACGACGACGACGACGAGGAGGAGGACAACGAUGUUAUCGGUGAGGGGAAGAGGGCGGCGGCUGUGGACAGCGGGAAGAGAAGGCACUCGAGCAAGGCGGGCAUUCAGGACAUAUUGAACAUGAUCGAUGUCACUGCCUCCCCGGUUCUAGCCACCGACACGCCUACCGCCGAUCUCCCCGUCGAUUCCACGAAAACUUACGAGGAGGUCCUCGACGAGGAGGACCCCGCCAAAAUCAAAGAUUCGGCCGGAUCCGAGCUCCUCGUCCAACCGUCCGACAAGAUUGUUAAGGAACAAUCGACCACCACCACUACCACCACCAUCACCACCACCACCACGACGACGACGACGACGACGACGACGUGCGACGUGAUCUCCAGCUACCAGCAAUCGCUGGAUGACGCGAUUCUCGACAAAAGUAACAACGAGAACGUUAUUACCGACGACAAAAUAGAGAUACACGAGGAGAAAAUUCUCACCGGUUACCGGGAGACCGAGAGCGAAGGGGAGGAGGAAGAGGAGGAGGAGGAGGAGGAGGAGGAGGAGGAGGAGGAGGAGGCUGGAACGAAGGACGAGGUCGUUAUAGUUUCCAUAAAGAGCAACAAUAACAACAACAACAACAGCGCGAAGAGAUCGGCGUGCAAGAUCGCCGAGGCGGACGGCGGCGUUGGAAGUCGUGGGGCGAGCACCGCCCGCCCCCCCAACUGGAGGAAUCGCGGGUCGACGAUCCCUCGAUCGGAAGAGGAGCGACCCGACGAUCCCGGCUGCGAGGAACCCGUGAAAAUAACCGACUACAACGACAGCUCGAAGAUUCUGAACGCGUUGAGGAACACGCCCGGCCUCUCGGUGUCGAUCACCAGGACCCACACCCCCGAAACGUGCACGAAGAGCGCGUGCCCGCCGAGGCCUGCCUCGAAGGCCUCCUCGUCGAGUCGCUCGCCCGAUUCCCAAGCGGAGUGCGUGGAAAGAUUGUUGAAGAGCAACCCGCUGGCCGACUCCGCGACCGACCACGCGCCACCGAAAAAUCUUCCCGGUUUGUCCAUCAUCAUUCCGAGUUAUCGAUACCGAAAUUCUCAGGUCGUGGUCGCGAAACGUUCCACGUCCCCGAGCGCGAAAGCGCGGGUCGAAUCGCCCGAGAGCACGGUGAAUUUUCCCAAGAACGAGGGCUACGGGGGGGGCGGAGGGGAGUCGAAGUUGGACGGAUUCCUUCACGAGGAGGAGGAGGAGGAGGACGAGGAAGAAGAGGAGGAGGAUGACGAGGAGGAAAGAGACUUGGAGGAGGAGGACGAUUGCGACUCGCAAGUGUUGGAGGAUCUGAGGCGGCAGAAGGCUGACUCGUUGGAUUACUUCCGCGUGGGGCAGGGCAACUCGGAGGAGCGCAAGGCGACGGUUGUUGCCGAGAAGGCGCACGGGAGGAUCAGCAGCGAGGCCCAGGCGAAGUGCAAGUACCAGGACGUGGAGCACUUCGACGAGCAGGUGCUCGAGGAGCUGAGGACCCGCGGCACCGUCGUGUCCCCCCAGCCGAGCGGGAUCCCGUGCUCCCCCGCCUCCAGGAGGCCCUCGUCCGCCUACCUCGAGAGGUUGCUGCCGAGCCCGCCCUGCUCGGUCUCCUGUUCCGAGGACGCGAAGAACGAUCUCACGUUGAAGGGUAUACUGUCCUCCCCCAAUCAGAUGGAGAUGAGGGACUACGAGAAGCAGAAGGAGAUCUCGAACAGGUGCGACCAGGUGCCCAGCGAUCACCUCCCGAUCACCCGGCUCGAUCGUCGUCGUCAUCCUCCUGCAGGGAAGGAGGGGAGGAAGGGAGGCAAAGGCUGCUCGUUUCAAGAGGGACGAUCGACGGCCAGCUCGAUCCACUAUGGCCAGGAGGCGAGAAACUGCGGUGGCAGGCCGAUGUCGAGCGGCGACGUUAUUCACAGCAGCACCCAGUAUCUGGUGGGGACGGAUCGCAAGAGGCCGAUGUCCGCCGAAUGGUCGGGCAGGCAGAGGGGAGGAGGAGGAUCCUCCUCGAAGCAGCGGGUGCAGGUUAUGGAGGAGGGUUGCGCCACGUCGACCAGCACCGAGAAGCUGAUGCUCGACCCGGCCGGUCAGCUCAGAGAAUUGAUCGAGACGUCGGGACACUUGAUACCCGACCCCCUCCUCGUGCCGAGGGACUAUCUGCCGGGCCUGGCGGCCGCCCCGGCCUCCGAGAUCCCGAAACUGUUGGCCUCGAGGCCCGAGCUCAGGCUGCCGGAAGCGUUGACCAGGCCGGAUCUCCUCCGUGAUCCGGAUUUGUUGGUGAUAUCGUUGGCCCAUCUUCAGCACGUGCUCGACCACGGCGAGGGGCCGGUCUCGAGGUCGCGGCACCCGCAGCACCCGAGGAUCAACAACGGCGCCAGCAAGGGGGGCCCCGGCCACGCGAGCAACGGGAGGAAGAACGCGUUGCAAAACCAAGCGAGGCCGAAGCUGAGCUGCAAACCGAUCGGCACGCUCAUGCCCGCGCCGAUCGAUCUCUCCAGCAGCCGGAGGACCACCGCUUAUCUACCGUUGCUCAGGGUGCGGAGCGGUUUGCUGAAACAGGAACCGGAAGUCAGCUCCACGGCCAGCUCACCCGACGAGUCCCAACUUUGGCAUCCUUUGUUCGGCAGCCAGAAGAGGCAGCACCAUCACCACCACCACCACCAGCAGCAUCAGAAUCAACACAGCCAACAACAACAACAACAACAGCAACAGCAACACAAACACCAACAAAAUCACCAUCAACAACAGCAUCAACAUCAGCAUCAACAUCAACAACAGCAUCAACAUCAGCACCAACACGCCUCCUGGCACAGGACCACCUUGGCGUCCUGACCACUGUGACCUUGACCCUGACCACAGGUCGAGUAGUCCUGAUAAAAGAGAGGAGAGCGCAUUCUUCUUCCCGCCGCUGGCCGAAAGCCGAUCGAUCGAGUCGCGACCGCCUCUUUCGCGGUUCGAUAUUCGAGAGAAGAAGAAGAGGAAGAAAACCAAUCAAAACCGCCGUCAAAUACCAAAAGAAUGCUCCACACGACCGGUGUUCCUACAAACUUUGAACAUUCUCUUCGACCUAUUCACCGCGAUACUCUUCGUCGAAAUACCUUCUCUUUGAUCAUCGUCGCUGCACAAAUUUCCACGAUAGUGAACCGCCAUUGCUGUGCUCAUCGUGAUUUCCUCUCCACGGAGAACUCUCUCUCGCUCUUUCUCUCUUUUCUUCUCCGUCUAUUCCAUUUUCUCUCUCGCGAGUCCGUUUGUAGAAGACUCCUCCGCGUACGAUCAUCUUCGUAGAGUUUCGUCGAUUCUUUCUCCCCUAUUUUCUUUCAUUCGUUUCAUACACACACACACACACACACAACAAAAGAA